CCUUGAGGAAACAAGCAGGUAUCUACAACCCGUAUCUAUGCUAAUGAUGGGCUCUACAGUUGGCUGCACUGCAUGGCAACCAACAAAUCACGUGCUGUAUCAUCUGGCCAAUGGAAUGCUGUGUGUGGGACUCAUGGUUCCGGACUCCAAUUAUGGCGCCCUUUUCUUGCACGGACUCAUGUUUCUAGGAUUUCUGUUAAUGUCCAUUUGGUCAUGGGUGAUCUUGUGUGCGCCGGAUUUCUUCUCAUGGAACUUUGCUUUUCUCAUUCUCAACGGGAUCCAGACCUUUUCUCUCCUGUAUAGAAUCCGGCCCGUCAAAUUCUGCGCCGAACUGGAAGACGUCUACGUGAGCUUGUUUAUGCCGCUACAAGUGUCGAGGCAGCUCUACAAGAGACUGGUGGGCCCAGAGUUCUGCUCCUUGAUGACAUUGCACGAAGGCGAGACAUACGCUACCCAGUCUGUGACACGGACGGACAAGCUUGGGCUGCUGAUUACAGGCGUAAUGCACGCCUACAGCAAUCGAUGUCUGCUGCAUUCCAUCACGGAGAAACAGUUCAUUGACUCUCCCGAGUUUGAGUCCACUUGCACAGGAGAGGAAAAGUUUCAGGUGUCCAUAGUCGCCACUGGGAUGUGUCGCUACAUGUUCUGGCCUCGCCAGAGUCUCGAGUACCUUCUCAUCAAAGAACCCUACCUGGCCUACGUUAUGAAGGUGAUCAUUGGACGGGACAUCACCAACAAACUAUACGCGAUAAAUGAAAAGGUGGCAGGGUCACGGUUGGACAUUCGUCUCCCUGGGCUAGCCUCCCAUCUACGACAGAGGAGGGAUCUCCGUUCAGCUCUUCGUGGAGCUAUGGGAUCUGAUAUGACACCCAGACGCCAGAUCCACCGUGCUGAACACGAGAACGACUUGGACAAAAACUCGGAUGCUGAAGAAAGUAAGUUAUUUUUUUUCCCCUGUGUAUUUUCAACUCUGACAGUACCAGAAAGAUUCAUGGGACAUACCAAAGUACUCUGUCAGUACCAGAAAGGUUCAGGGGAUAUACCGAAGUACUCUGUCAGUACUAGAAAGAUUCAUGGGACAUACCAAAGUACUCAGUCAGUACCAGAAAGGUUCAGGGGAGAUACCAAAGUACUCUGUCAGUACCAGAAAGGUUCACGGGAGAUACCAAAGUGUCAUUACCAGAAAGGUUCAAGGAAGAAAGCAAAGUGA